UUUGAAAAUGACUCGCCUGCGACUCGACCCGUCACGGAAGGUGGAAUCCAUUCCGCACUGGUUCCCUUGGGUCGUGGGUGUUUGAAAUAAAAGAAGGACCAUCAGCCCCUACAUUGCAAUAUCAACAUCGUCAAAGUGUUACAGGGGUCAGACACAUAUUUAUGUACCCUGUAUUUGUUUCUUGUUUUGGGACAAGAUAAAGCAAUUCUGGGAAGUGGUAAAAUCGAUUAUAUCGAUCUCAGAACUCAACUGGUAUUCGUUUUAUCGACCCCUGAAGGGAUGAAAGGCAUAGCCGACCUCGGCUGCAUUUGAACUCAGAAUGUAAAGAACCGGAAGCGAUGCCGCUGAGCAAUUUUGUGCGGCGCGGUAACGAUUUUGUUGGCUUGCCGCCUUACAAAAACUUAAUAAGAAACAAGGAAAAUUUUAUAACAACUGUGUUUUAAAGUUAAAUUAACAAUUGUUCCGAGUCUAAUGUACUUCAUUUCACAACUUAGGAGAUAAAAAAGUGAUAAAAUGAUGAAAUAAAAGAAAGAAAGCAAAAAAAAAAUGUGGUUGGCAUUGGGGACAAGAAGGAACAGGAAGAGAACUCUCCUGUGUUGUGAGAUAGAGAACUAAACAACACAAUCAGGCGUGAGCAGAGUAAACUCGCGCCAUUUUCCCCCCUUGUGCGGCAGUUCACUGCCUGCUGCCCUGCUUUUUUGCCCCCGUCGCCUUUUUUUUCCUGUAUAUAUCUUACUUAAACCUCUUUGAAGUUUUUUUUUUCUCUCUAUCUGCUUUGGAAAAAUAACACCAGCUUAAAUAAUGGCUAACCUCAAAGUGGAUAAAGAUGCUUUUUUCAGACGUAUGAAGAAAUUUUACAAUGCUUGGGAGAGUGCUUCAUCUGAAGAUUCUCUAUCUAAAAUUGAUGUCCUUAUUACAGCAGUUGGAGUUGAUGAAGAAGUUGUCUACUCCAAGUCAACUGCCUUGCAGACAUGGCUCUUUGGUUACGAACUCACAGAUACAGUGAUGGUGCUGUGUGAGAAGAACAUUUACUUCUUGGCCAGUAAAAAAAAGAUUGAAUUCCUGAAGCAAGUUGAUACCUCAAAAGAAAAUGACCAAGGCAUUCCUUCCAUCAAACUCUUUACAAGGGAUAAGGUGGACAAGGAUAAAGGCAAUUUUCAAAAACUUGUUGAUGCCAUCAAACAAAGUAAGAAAGGUAAAACUAUUGGUGAAUUCAUAAAAGACAAGUUUCCAGGAGAUUUCAUGGAUGGUUGGAGAGCAGCUCUGAAAGCAGAAGAUUUCACAAAGGUUGAUAUUAGCAGUUCGUUAGCACUUAUAAUGGCCACCAAAGAAGAAAGUGAAAUAAAAACCAUACAGCGAGCAUGUCAGGUUACCUGUGAUGUCUUUAACAAGUUUUUGAAAGAGCAAAUCAUGGAAAUUAUUGAUGCAGAAAAGAAAGUGAAGCACUCCAAAUUAGCUGAUGGUGUGGAAUCGGCUCUGCAGAAUAAAAAGUAUGUGUCUGGAGUGGAUACAUCACAAUUAGACAUGUGUUACCCUGCUAUUAUUCAGAGUGGAGGAAAAUAUAGCCUGAAAUUCAGCACAGUCAGCGAUGACGAACACAUGAAAUUUGAUUCCAUUAUCUGUGCAUUAGGCGCAAGAUACAAGUCCUAUUGCUCCAACAUUGUACGGACACUCCUCGUGGAUCCCCCUGAAGCUCUACAAAAAGAUUAUGAAUUCUUGUUGAAAUUGGAAGAAGAAAUCUUGACCAAGUUACAACAUGGUACCAGAGUUGACACAAUUUACAAUGAAAUUCUGGAAAUGGUUAAAAAAGAGCGUCCUGAACUCGCUAGUAAACUUACGCGGAAUUUGGGCUUUGUCACUGGCAUUGAAUUUCGAGAAGGGUCGAUGUUGAUUACCAGCAAAACUGGCAUAACAGCCAAAAAAGGUAUGGUGUUCAAUAUUAGUGUCGGCUUUUCUGAUCUGCCCAACGGAAAUUCUACAACGGCUCUCUUCAUUGGUGACACAGUGAUGGUCAAUGAAGGUCCAGCCACAUUGUUGACCACCUUGAAGAAGAAGAUCAAGCACAUUGGUAUAUUUUUAAAGGAAGAAGAUGAAGAAGAAGAGGAAGAAGAGCAGGAUCAAGAACCAAUAUUGCUUGGCCGUGGGCAAAGGAAUGCUAUACUAGACAGCCGAACCCGAACUGAUAUGACAGCUGAAGAAAAACGACAAAAUCACCAAAAGGAAUUGUCACAGAAGAUUAACGAAGAAGCACGAGAGAGAUUAAAAGGAAUGAAGCAAAGUGGAGAAGAUAAGAAAGUCCGCAAGUCCAAUAUAUCGUAUAAAAACCACACGUCCAUGCCUCAAGAGCCUGAAGUAAAAGGACUGAAAAUAUAUGUGGAUAAAAAAUACGAAACUGUUAUCCUGCCCAUAUUUGGGAUUCCAACACCUUUCCACAUAUCCACCAUCAAGAAUAUCAGCCAGUCCAUUGAAGGAGAUUACACAUAUCUCCGUAUCAAUUUCUUUCAUCCGGGAUCAGCCCUUGGCAGAAAUGACGGUAAUGUUUUCCCCAACCCAGAAGCCACUUUCCUCAAAGAAAUAACAUACCGAAGUUCCAACACAAAAGAACCAGGAGAAAUCUUACCUCCAUCAUCAAAUUUAAAUACAGCCUUCAGGUUGAUCAAAGAAGUUCAAAAAAAAUUUAAAACCAGAGAGGCGGAAGAACGUGAAAAAGAGGGAAUUGUUAAACAAGAUGUACUAGUAGUGGCUCCUAACAGAGGAAAUCCUAAAUUUAAAGAUCUAUAUAUACGACCAAACAUAGUUUCAAAAAGAAUUUCAGGAACGCUCGAAGCCCACACAAACGGAUUCCGUUUCACUUCAAUACGUGGUGAUAAAGUUGAUAUUCUCUACAAUAACAUAAAACAUGCAUUCUUUCAACCCUGCGAUGGUGAAAUGAUCAUUUUGUUACACUUUCACUUAAAGCAUGCCAUUCUAUUUGGCAAGAAGAAACACAUAGAUGUGCAGUUCUACACAGAAGUUGGUGAGAUCACUACAGAUUUAGGUAAACAUCAACACAUGCAUGAUCGAGACGACUUACGAGCUGAACAGGCUGAACGAGAACUUCGAAAUAAACUAAAAUCUGCAUUUAAAACAUUCUGUGAAAAAGUCGAAAGCAUCACAAAACAAGAAGUUGAAUUUGACACUCCUUUUAGAGAGCUUGGCUUUCACGGGGCACCAUUUAGAAGUACUGUACUUCUGCAGCCAACCAGUGGCUGUUUAGUGAACCUCACUGACUGGCCUCCAUUUGUGGUGUCUCUUGAUGAAGUAGAACUUGUUCAUUUUGAACGUGUACAAUUCCAUUUGAAGAAUUUCGAUAUGGUAUUUGUUUUUAAAGACUACAGUCAUAAAGUGGCCAUGGUCAAUGCUGUCCCAAUGAACAUGCUGGAUCAUGUCAAAGAAUGGCUAAAUUCCUGUGAUAUUCGAUACACUGAAGGUAUUCAGAGUUUGAACUGGACUAAAAUCAUGAAAACAAUUACUGAUGAUCCUGAGGGCUUCUUUGACAAUGGGGGCUGGAGUUUCCUGGACCCUGAGAGUGAAGACGAGCAUGACGAUGACGACGAGGAAGAUGAUGAUGCUUAUGUUCCUAGUAAUGACUCUGGCGGCGAGGAAGCCAGUAGUGAAGAGGACAGCGAAGAGAGCAACUGGGAAGAUGAAGAAGAAUCAGAUUAUGAAGACGAUCUUGGUUCAAGCGAAGAGAGCGGUAAAGAUUGGGACGAACUGGAAGAAGAAGCACGACGAGCUGACUACGAGCGUAACCAGGAGGAGGAGAGGGAUCAGAGGACGCUCCCAACGCAUGGCACGAAGCGGAAACGCGAGAGCAGCAGCGGAGGAGGAGGAGGAGGAGGAGGUAGCCGCAACAGACGCAGCAGCAGCGGAGGAGGAGGCGGCAGCCGCAGCGGAGGAGGAGGCGGCAGCCGCAGCGGAGGAGGAGGUGGGGGAGGAGGCGGCAGCCGCAGCAAGCACUCGAAGAAGUCGAAGAAAUCCAGAAAAUAAAGAGAGCGGAGGUGCGUGCUGGUUUCGGUCGUCCUGGUGGCACGGUCGGCGGGGUUUUGCGGACGGGUGAGUGAGUGAGUGCCACCACUCGCCCUGUGCGAGUGGGGGGCUUAACUCAGAUGUCGUAAUCACAAUGGGUGUUGCUCACCACUCCAACUCAUACCAUCUCCAUGACUACCGCCACCACCACCACUACCACUACCACACUUGUAAACCACCACCACUGCUAUUAAUACUACCACAACCACCACCACCACCACCACCACUACUACUACUACUACCACCACAAGUACAGUAACUAUCACUAAAGUUAUUACCAUCACUACUACUACUAUUAUUGAUACUACUACUACUACAACUACUAAUACAGGUCCUACUGUGCAGGACAUCUAUCCAUCCCCUUUUACCUGACCAUCCCUCCUGAUGUAUCAAAACCCACUUCUGAGAUCCCAUUCGACACAUUUUCCACAUAACUAUGUUUGUCAUGGCAUCACACAUACAUACACACACACACACAUCUAUAUGCUCCCCCCCCCCCUCCACCUUCUGCUACCUCCCUCUCAUGCAUAUAUAUAUAUACAUACAUAUAUAUACAUACAUACACGCACACAGACAUGUAACAGUUUGCUGUAAAAGAACUGGUCCUUAUUUUGUGGCCCAACCCCCCUUUUGGAUUGUCGAGGAAAAGUUGCAACAAUGCAAAAGAAUGAACGAGAGAGAGAAAGAAAGAAAGAGAGAGAGAGAGAGAGAGAGUGAGAUAGAAUUAUUGGAGCUAACAAACAAACAAACAAAAUAUGUAACUAAAAAAAAAAAAGAAUUAAAAA